AACAUAUAAACCCUAGUUUGCAUCCGUCUCUCUCCGCCGCUUACACCUUCUCUCGUUAUUGAGUCUCUGUGAAAGGUUUUAUUUUGCUACCUGUUUUGUUGAUUUUGAUAGCUUUAGUUUUGGCUAGGAUGACCAAUGCUUAAUUAUUUCUGACACCUCUUGUAUGAGGAGAGUCUGAUAAACUCUUCUUUGAGCACAUUAUGCAAUACUCUGAGCCUUUAGUUUUGUUUCUUAAUAAUGGUUUUGGUUUUUACAAGUAGGAUUUGGAGUAAAGUUGUUGAUGCGAUGAUUGUAAAAGUAAUUCCUCGUACUGAAUAGCCAUUGGCUUGAUAGACUUACAUUACACCCAUAGAAUAUGAGCAUCUCCACCUUUUUUUUAAAUAAAUUUUGAAGUUAUUUUCCUACUUAUCUAACUAAACCAGUUUGAAUUUUGUUUUUUUAUCUAACACCUUUGUUUAAUUUUUAUUUAAAUGUUGGUUACGGCUAGGAUGAUUAUUGCUUAAUUAUUUCUGACACCUCUUGUAUGAGAAGAGCCUGAUAAACUCUUCUUUGAGCACAUUACGCAAAACUCUGAGCCACUUUCUUCUUGAAAACGUUUUUUUUUUUUUUUUGUAAAUUCUUUUAUUUCUUAGGAUUUACGUAAACAUAAUAUUCCUUUUUGAUUUGGAAAAAGGGUUGAGGUUGCGAUGAUUGUAAAAGUAAUUCCUCGUACUGAAAAGCCACUGGCUUUGUAGACUCACAUUACACCCAUAGAAUAUGAGCAAUACCUGCCCCUUUUCAUCAAUUAUAUUUGAAUUGGACCAUAAUCAUCAGAGUGCAAUCUAGUGACAUGCUUAUGUAUUAUUUUCUGCCUUGUUGAAUUCAUUUUCUCAUUGAAUAAAGGUUUUGAUCACAAUCUAUUUGCUUAUUCGUUGACUUCAUGUUGCUGCAAUGUCGUUGGUUUCUCUAGAACCGACCAAGUUUCAUGACUCUUGUCUCUUCACCAUUUAAGCAUCACACAUUCUUAGAAGAUCUCGUAAUUACCAAGGGACAUACAGAAACUCCCUAUUUCGAACAGAUUAAACUUAUAAAUAUCUUUCCAAAAAAAACUUGUAAAUAUAAUUUAAGGAUUUUAAGCUUAUUCAGUCUUAAUCAUGGUGUCUAAUCGCUGUUUUUGAUAUCACUGAAAAAAGUCUUUUAUUCUACAUUUUAAAUGGUGUCCUAUUGUCUAUGUAACAAUUGUGAUGCUUGUCUAAAUGUCCCCUCGAUUGUUUGCGCAGAUGAUUGAUGUCCGUUUACGCUUAUUUUUCACGUGGGUAUCGGCCAAACGGGUUUAUUUAUAGCUACUAGACUACUAGUAGCCCACAUUCAUACCUUCACGGUUAAAAUUAUAUAUUCAUUUACAUUAGUAUUGCUAUAACUUUGACUUAUAAGUACGUUUUGUAAAAUAACGAAACUUAAAUUACUUAUAUGACGGACCAAAAUCUAUUGACUUGUUGAAUAGCAUUUGAUAUCUGACAAUUAGAUGAUAAAUCUAAAUUCGGUAACAUUUAAUGCGAUAGUCUUACGAUUUGGUCUAAAUGUGGCAGAAAGAAGUAAUGUAAAAGUCUUUUUGAAUUUUUGAUUCUGAUAACGAUUCAAGUCAAGUUAGCUUCGCUCAUAAGACUUUGUCAAGAAAACUGACAAUGACAUCUAGAAGUAUUAUAUGUGUAUUCUACAUCUACGUAUAUGUACCCAUGUGAAUCGGUAUUUCUUAUAGCAGGUGCCAAAUCUAUUGCUUUCAAUUUAUAUAUUUUCCGUUAAUAAAUUACUCCCUCUGUUUGUUUUUAAAUGACGUUCUAUAAGUUUCACACAAAUUAAGGCACCUAAUACAAUAUCUGUUCUACCCUCUCCAUCAAUUAAUUAUCAUCUCUCGUUACACACAUUCUUUUUAAAAAAAGAAAAUAUAAUAAGGGUAAAUAAAGUCUUAUUUCACUAUAUCUUGCAUUGUUUUCCGAGGACGUCAACUAUAAUGAUACAAAACAAAUAUUCUAAAACGUCUUUUAAAAGAAAACAGAGGGAGUAUAACAUAAACAAAUAACUUUGAACGUUCGUUUUCUAGAAGCUCAGAUUACAAGAAUAAAAAUGUAUUUGAUGCAACUCAGCAUCAAUGAUUCAUGAUCUGUGAUACUCCUUGCUUUGUCAGCAAUUACCUAUGCAUUUCCUGAUAAUGGGCUGCUUGGACUACGACUUAAAGCACACAAACAACACAUAAUAAAACAUAAUUAACAGGUAUAAAAUAAAAAUAUUACAUAAACAUUACAUGACUAUUUAAGUAAUUGAGCGCCAGCUUGUAUUUUAGCUAUAUAUAUUCGCCAUGUGUAUCAUGAAAACAUGGUACUAUAUCAUUUCAAAUGGUUGAAUUGAAAAAUAUUUGUAGCCUUUUUCCGGGCAAUUUUUUUGUGUUCUCACUGUUCUGUCCGUAAAAUAUGUACUUUCAUAAAAUUAAAACCAAUUUAUCUAAUUCUUCCAACUACAAAAUCUUGAUGACACGUUCAUUGAUUUACAUCAAUUAAUCUACAAAUAAAAAGUUUAAAAGUUUCUACAUCAAAACGAAAAUUCAAUUUAGUGUAUACAAAUCUCAUAAAUCAAUUGAAGUGAAAUUUAUUAAAUGUUUUUGAAUAUUAUUGAGAUAAAAGAGUAUGUUUUGAUCUCUGAGUAUGAUAGCUAAAUUCGAUUGAUUGAUCAUCAUUUACAAAAUGAUUAGAUGACAAGAAACAAACUACCGUUUUAAACCACAGUCUAAAACUUCCAAUCACAAUCACAAUCAAAACACAAAUGUUAAAUGAAACAUUCCUAUCAUAGCAUUACAGUUUGUAGCUUCCAAUAAAAAUAUUCAGUCCAUAUAUUUAAAGGGGUAGUUUUGCAAUGGGUCCAAAAACUAAAUUGUGCAAUUAUUAGUAUUUAUUCUUUUUGGUUUAUAUUUAUUCAAAAUAGUUUUCGUUCUUUUCUGCACCUAAACUUAUUAGCCAAAAUAUAUAUUAUUGUUAAUUGGUUUUAAAUGUAUAAAAGAUCUGCACCAAGAACAUCCGGAUCAAGUAGCGGGAUACGCUUCUAGAAAGUCCACGUUACGCUGUUUAAUGCAAAUGACACAUUAAGCUUCUCCAAUAAACAAUUACUCAAAAUUGUCAUUCCCAUGUGACAAAACCGCUUCACCUAUAUAAAUAAGUUCAUACGACAGUUUAUAGUAGAUGACAAACAAAACACCACCAAACAAAGAGAAGAAUAAGAAAGAAAGUGAUCAUUCACACACAAGACUCAAGGGAGUAAGAGUAAGCUUCUAAAGAACAUGGAGAAGAUAACCUCCACGGCUUCUUUUUCACCUAGCUUCAGCACUUACUCCGGUGAUAACCUCGUCAAGAUCGCCGAACGGGUCGGUGGCGACUAUUAUAAGGAGAAAGGAGACGACUCAUUCGAGUUUGCGACUCUUCACACGGUUCACGAGACGGUGUCUUCUAUAGUAUUCCCGGUGUUCGAUCAGAAACAUGAAGAUGUUUCGCCGGAAACGGUUGUGACUCCGUUGAAAGAUCUCUUCCUCCGCGAGAACGAACAGUCGCCACCGCAGCAGACGUAUUCAUCUUCUGAUGAGGAGGAGGAGGAGGAGGAGGAAGAUGAGCUAGACACGAUCCCGGGAGAGAUAUACUGUCCGUGGACGCCGGCGAGAUCACCGGUGGAGAUGACGUCUCCUUGUAGAAAGAGCAAAUCGACAGGAUCGUCUUCGACGUCGACAUGGUCGAAGAGACGUUGGAGAAUCAGAAACCUGCUCAAGAGAAGUCGCAGCGACGGGAAAGAAACACUCGAGUUCUUGAACUCGAGCCCCGUCGACAACAUAGACAAAUCUUGUUCUUCUUCUCCUUGUCCGAAGAACAAGGAGACGGUGAAGAGGAAGAGCAAGAAGAAGGAGAAGGAGAAAGUUUCAGUUUCAGCACAUGAGAAGUUUUACUUGAGGAACAAAGCAAUGAAAGAAGAAGACAAGAGAAAGUCAUAUCUACCGUACAAGCAAGAACUUGUCGGACUUUUCUCCAACAUUCACCGACACGGCAAAGUUUCUUCUCCGUUCUGAUCUGAUCCGUGACAACAACUAGAGUUUUGUUUGUUUGUGUUACUUUUCGUUUGUUUAUUAUCUUCAAAAAUAAUUUUAUUUACAAAAAGAUGCGAGUUCACAUUUGUUAUCUGAUAAACUAUUAUAUCGUAGCUUAUAAUCGAUGUAGAUUAGUAUUUAAUAAUUUUUACGUCUUUAGAUUAUAAUUUUUUCUUGUUCUGUACAGAGUUUCGAUGAACUAAGUUUCAUCAUGUUCAAACCAUGUUGUAUAUUUUAUAAUUUGGGUUCCGGAUUU